GUGUGAAUAUGGCGGCAACCGAAGUCCAAGCGACCGUCAAUCGUUGGAUAGUUGAAUAUUAUUUCUCUUUGGCAAUAGAGCUUUUUAGAAACCAGCAAUAUUCGGAAUUCUGUGCCAUAAGAGAUGUACUUGACAGCAUCUUGGUUCGUCCUGUGGAGCCCACUGAUGUCAUGCCAACAAAGAUUCAAAUCCUGCAGUUUCUCUCCCGGAUAAAUGAUGGGGAAAACCUGGACAUGUUAUUUGAGGCUGAUCAGUCAAUUACUCCUCUGGAAUCAGCCUUAAUGAUGCUGGAAAAUAUGAGCCAGCAAUGCAGUGUGCCUGAGCAGGAUUUGGAGAAAGCAUGUGCUUCACUUAAAGAAAUGAUGGUGUGUAUAAUCAUUAAGAACAGUCAGUUUGACAGAGCAGAAGAGGUGCUGAAAAAACACUUUCCCAAACCAAUGGUUGGAAAGGAGGCUAUAUUCAUGGCUCUCAUCAGGAAGAAGAGUAAAAUGCAUGAAGUCAUCAGGCAAAUCGACUUCCAGCAGUUCAAGGAGGAGAUGUUGACCUUUUGUCAGAGUCUCUGCCCAUUUAAUGAUCCUUUUCUUCACAAGGCUGCAAAACAGCUUAUUGAGGAAAGACUUUUGCAGAAAGAGGACAAAGCAGCAAGUCCUGAUGAGCAAGACGAACCAGGUCCGUCCUCGAGACCGAUAACCUCAGUCCAAUCGCAGUUUGUACCAUGUAGGCAUAUAAUCCAGAAGAACAGGCUGGAGGCAGCCUAUGAGGCUUUGGCUGCAGCCUCAAAUAAGAGAACAUUUGCUCAACUGGAGGAAGAAGUGGAGGGAGAGGAGCAGGCAAGAGAAGAUCUGUCCCUGCGCCUUUCACCUACUCCUAAGAAGGGCACCAAUCAGGACUCGGAGCAGGACGGGCUAUUUCAAAGAGACUCAGGCAGCCCAUUGGAGGCUUCUCCAGCAGACCACCCAGCACAAACAGAUGCGCUUCCUCAAACACAGGCAGGUUCGCUCUCAAAAUGUUCCGCAGUGGUAAGGACCAGGCGACCUUUCUCUGUGGCACGACUGGUGGUCGAGCCGGACAGCCAGGGCAGCUCACAGUGCUCAGCAGCUUCACAGGAAUGUGAGACUGAUGUCAGAACAGAAGAGCCACCAGAACCACCAGCUGUCCCCAGUCAAAAAGACCCGCAGAGCCUCGAAACAGACAAUGAGGUCACCACACCCAAGCAGAUAGCCUCAACUAGUUCGGCAGACUUGUCAGGCCCUGAGGAGGACCCCCCUGAGACUGUGGCCAACAGGGACAUUUCUGAAGAACAAAGCAGUAACCAGCUCAACAGUCCACUCAGCAGAAACUCUACAAAGUCACAACAGUCUUCAUCAGACAAUGAGGAAGACCAACAGGAGUCAGUGGCACCCUCCAAAACCAGCAGGGAUCCAGAUGCCGUCCGUAAGACAGAUUCUUCAUUGGACAGCUCACCGACUCUGUAUCCUCUUCGCUCCCCUGUCCCUCAAACAAGCUCCACUCCGCACAAGGUCUCCGCUCAAGACAAAAGUCCUUCCAAUUCAAAAUGGAAACAGCUGUUCAAUGCUGCAAAGGAGACUAAAGAUACAUGGAGUGACGAAGAGUCAUUUUUCACCUCAAAAAAGAACACAAGCGGGUCGCCCAAUAAGAGCAGCAUUUUGAAUCCAAGCCACAGGAAGAGGAAGUGGACCGAGAGUGAGACUAAGAAGUUAAAACAAGGGGUCAAAAAAUUUGGAGAGGGCAACUGGGGUAAGAUUAAGACAUAUUACGACUUUCAGGAUCGAACAAAUGUCAACCUGAAGGACCGAUGGAGGACAAUGAAGAGGUUAAACUUGGUCUGAGUGUUUCGGGACAAGUUCUAAGUGAAAGGAUGGACAUUAUACUGUGGGCGUUUUCCACAUCCACAUUUAUUUCUUUGUUCCUUAAAUGAAUUGUAUUGUUUGUAUAUUAUUUCAGGGUCAGAACCAUUAUUCCCCUUUUUUAGUCUUGUUUCAGCAUUAAUCAUGUGUAAAGAUACUGAGCAGUUUGAGUUUAUAACACCUAGUUCAAUACAUAUAAAUUUUGUUAUGGAACUGUAA